AUGGCAAACUUGGUGAAUUACCGACUUCGAGUCACUAUGUCGGAUUCACGUGUACUCACAGGUCAAAUGCUCGCCUUCGACAAACAUAUGAAUCUUGUCUUAGCAGAUUGUGAAGAAUUCAGAAAAAUAAAGUCCAAGGCCAAAAACAGCAACAAUCCAACAGAACAGGAAAUGAAGAGAACUUUGGGUUUAGUGAUUUUAAGAGGUGAAACUAUCAUUAGCAUCAGUGUUGACGGUCCUCCUCCACCAUCCGUUGAAGAUGUCAGAGCAAGAAGUACUAGUCUUUUGGCUGGUACAGGGAUAGGAAGACCUAUGGGUCGUGGUAUGCCUGCUGCUCCUCCACCAAUGGCUGGCCCAGUACCUGGUCUUGCUGGUCCUGUUCGCGGCGUUGGCGGUCCUGCUCCUGGUAUGAUGCAACCUAGACCCGGCUAUCAAGCCUCUCCAGUACCAUAUGCUCGUCCACCUGUUCCUCCUGGACCUCCUGGUCAAGGAAUGCCUCCACCUCCACCCGGCUUCCGUCCUCCCCCACCUGGAUUUAGACCACCUAUGCCUGGCGCCCCACCACCAAUGGGCUUCCGUCCUCCCCCACCAGGUGCUCCUCCUGGACCUCCUCCUCCAGGAUUCCGUCCUCCCGCUCCUCCUAAAUAA